AUGGAGUAUUAUAUCACACCAUGGUGUAGAAUGGGACCAUAUAUCAUUGGUUUAUUAGCAGGUUAUUAUCUCUAUAAAACAGAGAUCAGAUUCAGAUGGAAUAAGUUAACAGUUGUUACUGGAUGGUGUAUAGCUACAGCCUCAGCAUUAGCAGUUUUAUAUGGUUUAUAUGAUGUAGCACAAGGACAUCCUUUAUCAGUUGAAACUUCAGCUUUUUAUAAUGCUGUCAAUAGAACUGUCUGGGGAGCCUGUGUUUCCUGGGUUGUUAUUGCCUGUGUUGGGGGAUAUGGGGGUCCAGUAAAUGUACAUAAGUAUGAUUGUAUUGUAAUUUCAGGUCCAGUAAAUGUGUUAUUAUCAUGGAAAGGAUUGAUUCCAUUGAGUAGAUUAACCUACUGUGCCUAUUUAAUUCAUCCUAUAGUGAUGUAUGCUUGGUUUUUUGCUCAGAAGAAAACAAUAUAUUUGACUGAUGCUACGUUUGUGUUUCUAUUCUUCUCAUUUUUAGUGGCUGCCUACAUGUUGGCUUUUAUACUGUCAUUACUGUUUGAGUCACCCAUGAUGGGAUUAGAAAAUGUGAUAUUUAAACGACAAAAAAGAUAA